AAGAAGGUAACUGCUCUUUGGGUGUUAUUCCUCAAGAUAAACAGCUCCAUGUGCUACUUCUGUAUAAACUUUCCGAUGAGUUUGGCUUAAGGGAGGGAAUGGAAGCCAAAAUCAAAUCUGGGGCCAUCGAGGUCCUGGCACCCUGAUGCAAAAAAUAAAAAUAAAAAAAGAAUAUGUUUCACUCAGCCUGUUCCCAAGUUCUGGGAAGAAGGGAAGAAGAGGGUUGUGAUGAUGAUGGAGGUUCUCGCACAUAAGAUAAGGGCAGUGGAGCCAAAAAUCAUUCCCCAAAUCAAGUGGAAGAAUAACUCAGCAACAAUAAACAUCAGUAAGGCUUCACUGCUGCCAGUUUUCUCAAUUAAAACAGACACCGUGCAACCUAAAAUAAAAAGUAAAGUUGAAGCCUAUUUUAUCCUAAAAGAUUUGCGAGGCCACAACACUAAAACCUUUUCUCUGAUGCCAUCCAUUCAUCACCCAGUGAAAAAGGCCACUGCAUCUCCAGGCUUCUGCUGGUCCCCAAAGACUGCGUCAGCCAUUCAGCUCUAUUGAAGAAGGAUGCAACAGUCCCCUACAGGUUUUCAGAAAAAAGUAGCAUUCCCCACUGCUCACUGCACGAUGCCUUCUGGAAGGCUCAGUGAUGCCAAUGCAGCUGCGGCGGAAUGCUCUAGAAUUGCACAGCCUGGUGAAGUGGCUUCUCUCCCCACUCUGUCUCCUCCUGUGACAGAGCCCUUGGUUUCUUCUGAGCCUCCCACUGGUCUAACUGAGCCACUAACUUCUCAUCAGCCAAGCGAGCAGCACCCCUUCCUCACCUCUUCUCAAGACCUCGCCUCUUUGAUGGAAGAAGAUGAGAAGCAUUCUGAAGCAAAUGAGCCUCUAUCAGACGAGUUGCUGUCUGACGACCCCCUGUCACCUGCUGAAGAGAAACUGUCCCACCUAGGUGAGUGUUGGUCAGAGAGUGAGCACAUCUUUUUGGCUGCAAAUAUUGGUUGGGUGGUCACGGCACAGCUCAGUUUUGAUUCAGUGUGCCCUGUGAGAGCUUCACACAGCUCCUGUGAGCACCUAAACCCUAGUCAAUCAACUAACCUCUUCCUUGUCUUUCACCAGCACAAAAACCUGAAUAAGCCCCAACAUGGUCCUGAACUAAACAAGAUUAAAUUUCAGACUGAAGAAGCUAAGAAUAAGAAAAUGAAGGUCUCAAAGCGAAAAGACCAGGAAGCUGUUGAAGGUCCUGAACUGUCCUCUAAGGAAAUUAUUUGAACCAAGUUUCUUCUCAUAAAGCAUUAACAUUAACCCAUGACAAUGUUGUCACCACGAUUCCUUAUGCUCUCACAUACAUACACCCUAUAACCAUUGGGUCUGAAGGCAUUUCUCCCCCUCUUAAUGCCCUUGCUGGU